AUGGCAUCACGGAAGAUGCAAAAACUCUCCAGGAAAGUGAGCUUCUCCCCGCUAACGCUGACCAGUAAGCUGAACGAUGGGAGGAGCGUGAAACAGGACUGGGCCAGUCUUAUCACUAUCUACCUCUGCUGGGCCCUGGUGGCCGUCACGUUCCCAUUUUCGCUCUUUUUCUGCAUCAAGAUCGUCACGGAGUACAAGAGGAUGGUCGUCUACCGCCUCGGGCGAGUACCAAAUCACAAGCCGAUGGGGCCAGGAGUGGUGAUUUUACUGCCAUGUAUAGACGAUUAUAAAACAGUCGAUCUUCGAACAAUGUCGUAUGAUGUGCCUUCCCAGGAGAUGCUCACCCGAGACUCGGUUACGGUAUCUGUAGAUGCUGCAGUGUAUUAUAGGACGAGCGACCCAGUCGCCAGUAUUUCCGCCAUCACCGAUGCUCACUACUCCACUAGGCAGUUGGCACAGACUACACUACGCAACUUGCUAGGAACAAGAACACUUUCUGAAAUGAUGUCAGACCGAGAGGGUGUCGCAACGCAAGCCAAGUUUAUUUUGGAUGCCGCCACCCAUCUCUGGGGCAUUACCGUUGAGCGCGUGGAGAUCAAGGACAUUCGUCUCCCGAUGGAACUCUGCCGCUCGAUGGCCGCCGAAGCAGAAGCCGUCCGCGAAAGUGAUGCCAAAUAUGCGUCAAUGGCCCUAAAAGCCGCUGCCGACGAGUUGAGCGAGGUCGAGGGUGCUGUACAACUUCGUGUUCUUCAUUCGUUAACGAAGAUUUCUGCCAUCGACAAUCACACCGUCAUCCUCCCAAUCCCAAUCGACCUGAUCCGGGCCGUCGUGAAAAAGUUUAGUGGCCCGGAAGCGUCGAAAGAA